UUGGUCCAAAAACAAAAAGGAAAAAGAGAGAAACCCCUCAGUAGCACUCCAACCACACCCGAGCCGCUGAAUUUGACGCCUCAAUUACGCGGAGCAGUUAUUCAAUUUUAAGAGCGACACCAGUGCUGCUAAAAGACAUACUUUGGGAAACGGAGUUCGUUGGUUUUAUAGAGGGAAAAAAACAUCAACGCACUGUUUGCAUGCAGGAGCCGUUCUUGAUUUACAGCCGCUUGAGAGAAACACAUGGAAAAAACUUAACCGUUUGGAUAUGCGCGUAAAAAUCCAAAAACAGAAGGAGAAUAAAGGAACAACAGCAGAUUCUCUCUAAAUUGCGCAGCUAAAUCUCAUCUCCAAUUGUGGAGUGGCUUGUUACGCUGCUUAUAGAGCAUCUGUGGGUCAGCCAGGACUUAAAAGGCUCCAAAUAAGAUGAUUUAGCUACAUCAAGGCUUUCCCAGCGGUAAUGAUUACAUUUGGACUUAAGAUCCAUGCAAGAAUUUGUAGGCCAGUAAAUCUCCCUCCCCCAGGACCUCUUCAAAAGCCUUGUCAUUCAAAGGGUUAGGAUGUUUGACAAUCCCAGCUUGUACUACUCCACCAAUUAAUUGGAUACGUUGUCGGGAUGUUCGUCUCUCUCAUCUGCUACUUAGAAAGACAAAGAAUCGAUGGGGGGUUGUUGACACCUCUGUGCGCGCCUCCGCUAUAAAAGAGGAGUCCGAGCUGAGGAGCAGCAUUCAUCCACCGGCCGCACUCGGAGUCACGACUUAUUUCUACCAGAGACCGACGAGGUUUUCACUUUAAACAUCUGUCAGAAUGCAGGUCAGACCGACGUAUGGAUACUCCGUGCGUAAUUACGCACUGGCGGCACCGCUGCAGUUCCAGGGAGGCCAGUGCGCGUCCACAACGAAGCCCCCCAGCGGGAAAUCUUUCACUAUCGAGGCUUUGCUCGCCAAACCGGAGGACACAUCCUGCGACAGGACGAGUGGCGGAGUGAAAUACCAAAUGGCGGCUCCAGUUCUGCCGCUCACCGGACACGCAGGGUUACCGCUGGCACCGUACGUCUACUCCCCAAACAUGCUGCACUCCGGGAUCCACACGCAGCCUGGAUAUUCCGUCUACUGCUGCCCGCCUUUCAGCUACCAGGCUUCGUGCCGCGGCGCAUUUUACGCACAAGCUUCCGUGUCCAAAGUCAACGCAGGGCUGCAUUCGUUCAAAACCAAAGGAGGGAAGUCGAAACGGAUGCGCACCAGCUUCACCAGCGAGCAGCUGUCCCGCCUGGAGAAGGAGUUCGCUCGGCAGCAGUACAUGGUGGGAUCGGAGAGGUUCCUGCUGGCCUCCUCCUUGCAGCUCACAGAAGCUCAGGUCAAAGUCUGGUUCCAAAACCGACGCAUCAAGUGGCGCAAACAGAGUCUGGAGCAGCAGCAGGCCAAACUGGCCAAACUGGGUCUGGCUGCUCCUCCAAAGAGCCCCGGAUCUCAGGGCCACGAGGAUGAAGGCGAUGAGGAUGAGGAGUUCUCCGACUCAGACAUGGACAUGGACGUGCCCGAUGACUCCACUGACCACUGUUAACCAAACACACCUGGACUUCCGGUUAAAACAAAGACUGUUUGCUGUACAUAAAGCUGAGAAAGGAGGCUCCACGUCUCCUACUACGAAUAUUUAAUAGAGCUAUAGCUAUAUAUUUAAAUUUUCUACAUUUAUUGCUCUUUGAUGAGUUCACUUCAUGUGUUGUUUUUGCACAUUUGAAUGAAUUAUUCAGAAAUAUAUUUUAUGACAAUAAUGGAAACCUUGUCCUGUUUCUUUCCUGUAUAAUUUAGUCUUCAGAUUAACACGUUUUUCUUCCAAACUUAGAAUGAUUCUGAUGUUUUAUUGGCGUUAGUCUCAGUGGCUUUAAACGCUGGGCUCAGACAGAAACACGUCACAUUUUGCACUUUUUCCCACCAAACAGGAUUUUUAACAUGAGAACUUGAAAGAAAAUGUAACAGAGGUUUAUUUUAGGGGUUUAUUUUUCUUUCAAUGAACUCUACACUCCUGAUUAAAGCUAAUUAGUUUGGCUUUUGGGCCUUAAAUUCUUAUUAACUCUUUGAUGCACAGCAUGAGUCAAAAGUGACCCAAAUCCAACAGAAAAUGAGUAUCUUAUGACCCACACUGGGCAUUAAAGGGUUAAAUAUAUAUGAAAAGGGAUUUUCUGAAACUUUACCUUCAAGUCUGCUUCUUUAUAAAACAGUAAAGUGAAAUCUUUAACAAUAAAAAGCUAAAUUUGAGACCAAAAACAGAGAAACAGGACUAAAUGUUGGAGACGUAGCUGUGUACACUACAAAAAAUGUUUUGUAACUGUAUUAUUUGAACAAUUUACUGUUUUUUAAAAAAGGAUUUCCCUUUUUUUAAAAUUUGCA